CAGAAAAAAAUAACCCAGAACAGGCCGCCAUGACCCGUUUUCGAUGGCGCAGAGGGCGGGCGGGGUUUCAAUAAGGUCCGGAGUGGGAGUGCACGUCCCGAUCAAGCUCAUACAGACAUAGGACCUUUCUUUCAUCCUCACCUUAUCGUUUAGACAUGGUAGCUACUCGUCUGUACAGCAAGGGCCGCGUUUUGGGUUACGAGCGUGCUAAGCGCAACCAGAACCCCAACACCUCUCUCAUCCAAAUUGAGGGUGUCCAGACCACCAAGGAUGCUCAAUUCUACCUUGGCAAGCGCAUUGCUUACGUCUACCGUGCCCAAAAGGCCGUCAACGGUUCCAAGAUCCGUGUCAUCUGGGGUCGCAUUGCCCGCACUCACGGUACCAACGGUGUCGUCAAGGCCCGUUUCCGCAACAACUUGCCCCCCAAGACCUUUGGUGCCAGCGUCCGCGUUAUGCUUUAUCCUUCCAACAUCUAAAUUUGCUGAAAGAUAACGAUGAACGUCCUUCUUUUUUCCACCGCGAGUUGGAUGGGUUCUUUUUUCUUGAUUGAAAAAUAAAAAAUCGCUCCUCCACCUCUAUUGUACCAAA